AUGGCCUCCGAAGAAGCCUCAAAGAUUAUAUUGGUUUGCUGCACAAGGGAACAGGUAGAUGUACUAACGAGGAAUCUACGCGCACACGGUCCACUUUCCAUUAAUGAACAACUCAGCGAUGCAGAUCAGGAAUAUACCAUGCAAAUGUUUACCGAGGAUCCGUUAAAAGGUUUCAUCGGUACAAAGCGUGGCAGAGGUAUCGAUGUGCAUAAAUUAGAGUUUGUUGUUCUUGUAAAUUAUCUCUCCCAAAUCGACGAAUUUGUCCAAGCUGCCGGGAGGAUACGAGGAGAAGGAUUGUAUGCGGUCCUUUGGUCGUCCUCUAGUGGUGGUGGUACUUCGGCGACUGUAAUCUCCGGAUGCUUAACUCCACAGCUGAACCAUUUCUACGGGCUAAACCAAAAAAACAUGUGGGCUGCUGUGGGAACUACAACUCGACGAACCUCCGCUCAGUUGAAUUUGCCGAGCGGGUGUUUCCAAAAAUGGUGGAGUUUCCCAUACUGA